AUGACAUCUAGUGACACACUAAAACGUGGAAUAUUCAACUGUCCUUCGUGCGUCUACGAAACGAAAUGGUUCGACCAAAACGUGGAUCAUUUCACAUUCUUAAGCAAUGCCACAUUCAAACAACGCUAUCUUAUCAGUACGUCUCACUGGAAGCCGGGGAACGUCAUAUUCUUUUACUGUGGAAACGAGGCAAAUAUUGAACACUUCGCAAAAACAAUGGGUUUCCUGUGGGAGACUGCGCCCGAGUUUAACGCAAUGCUAGUAUUCGCCGAGCAACGCUAUCAAGGGAGUAGUAUGCCAUACGGAGUAAACUCCCUCUCGGGUUCUCAAUACACCGGAUAUUUGACCUCAUCGCAGGUUCUUGCCGACUACUCCAAGCUCAUAGACAAUAUCAAGUCAAAUGUGAGCGGUGCUCGCUAUAGUCCAGUUAUUGCUUUCGGCGCAUCAUUAGGAGGUCAGUAUGCUGCCUGGAUGAGGAUGAAAUAUCCAAGUGUAGUUGCAGGUGCAGUUGCAUCCUCGGCCCCAAUCUUCCAGUACUCUGCAGACUGUGGGACACAGUACUUUUUGGUGACUAAGGCCUUUGAAAAAGAGGGAGGCCACGAAUGUGUGGAAGUUAUACGUCGUUCUUGGGAUAUUCUUGACAGACUCAGUCGAAAUGAAGAAGGCUUGAAAUUUAUUUCGAAAACGUUUUCCCUAUGCGAAACGUUGAAUGAAUCAAAAGAAAUCUAUCAACUUCGCGACAAGUUGGCGCUAUCCUAUCUUUUCCUCGCCAUGGAGAACUAUCCUCACCCGACUUCCACGAAACCUCCGUGGCCCAUUAAGACGGUUUGUGGAAACAUCAAGAAUGUUAAAGACGACGAUAGAGAAUUGUUGCAGGAUUUAUCCAACGCUUUGUCGGUGUACUUCAAUCAUACGAGAAAGUUGAAGUGUCUUCAUUUACCAAAGGAUGGAAAGGAGUUCUUAGGUAAUGUCAAUGAUUUAGAACCCAAUCUUCUGGAUGUCUAA